AAAUCAAGAAGAGGCAUGAAGAGUCAUCAAGAGCCUCGUUCAGGCUCUUCCUGUGCAGCCUGCAAGUUGUUGAAGCGAAGGUGCACUCCUACAUGUCAAUUUGCACCCUAUUUCCGGUCCGACGAGCCGAAUAAAUUCGCAAAGGUACACAAGGUGUUCGGAGCAAGCAACGUGAGCAAGAUCCUAAACGAGGUGCCGGAACAGCAACGUGAAGAUGCCGUGAGUUCGCUCGUUUACGAGGCGGACGUGCGGCUUAGGGACCCGGUUUACGGUUGCAUUGGGGCUAUAGCUUCAUUGCAGAAGAAGAUGGUAGAGCUUCAACAUGAUCUGAUUCUUGCUAGAGCUCGACUUGCCUAUUAUGUUGAUCAGACUGUUUUGUUUUCUGGUGAUGGAGUCAAUAUGUGCCCUGUGAUUGACAUGGUAGAGGCCUCCAACGGCCAGGAUUGCUUGUCUUUUGAUCAUUUUAGCCAAUUCCCAUUUCCAUAAUCUCUCUCUCUCGUCUGUUUAUAAUUUCUUGAAAUCUUGAAUUAGUGGCAGAAAUGUUGAGGUAUCUCUGUUCACUUACUACGCUCAUUGUGCACAAAUUUUGUAGUGUGUUAUCUAAUAAAGAUUUGGGCACUCUUUUAACAAAA